AUGCCUGGUGGAUUUGAGAAGUCGGUAAAGGGGGCCACAAAGCUCAAGCUUGCGGCCCCUAAAUCAAAAUACAUCGAAAACAUCCUGGUGGCGACCCAUACUGGCGAGGCAGGAGUCGCGGAGGUAUUUCGCACCCUCCAGCUUCGACUUCGAGACUCCGCAUGGACUAUCGUGUUCAAAGCGCUCAUUGUCCUUCAUCUGAUGAUCCGGGAUGGCCAACUCGAUGCUGCGCUGGGAUACUUGUCCGACAACCCGAAGAAGAUCGCGCCCAGCAAUUUUUCUGAAGCGCAAUCGCAGGGACACAACAUCCGACGGUAUGCCGAGUACCUUAUCACGCGCGCCAAGGCGUUUGAUGCCUGCAAGACAGACCAUGUGCGGAGCGGGCCGGGGCGGCUGAAGAGGAUAGGCGUGGAAAAAGGUCUCUUGCGGGAGACCGAAAUUGUACAGAAGCAGAUUCGGGCGUUACUACGUUGUGAUCUAUUGACCGAUGAGCCGGAGAACGAGAUCAGUCUGACCGCAUUUCGCCUCCUCACACUCGAUCUAUUGACUCUAUAUUCAGUCAUGAAUGAGGGCACGAUCAAUGUUUUGGAACACUACUUCGAAAUGUCGCGACCGGAUAGCGUACGUGCCUUGGCAAUCUACAAGACAUUCACAAAGCAAACGGAAGAAGUGGUACAGUUCCUGGGAGUGGCCAGACAUUUCCAAUCUGCCACUCGCUUGGAGAUACCAAAGCUCAAGCAUGCCUCUACGGACUUGGCGCGCCUUCUCGAGGAUGAUCUCAACGAUCCUGAUUUCGAUCUUCGCCGACGCGAGUACUUGGCCAAGAAGGGCGUGCGCGCUCCACCAAGCAUGGAAGCCAGUGCGGCAGCCGAUGUACCAAAGGCGACCCCGCCCUCGUCGAAACCCAACCCAACGGCCAACCAACCCAAGCAGGCCGAACAGCCGAAGGCGGCACCUGCGGAUUUGAUUGAUUUCUUUGAUUCAAUUGAGCAGAACCAGCAACCAAUGGCGCAACAGGCCCAGAUGCAGUACCAGCAAACGGGUUUCCAACAGCAACCGCAGCAGCAGUUCUAUCCCCAGCAGGCUGGCUUCCAGCAGCAGCCUCAGUCGAUUCCACAGCAGGCCCAGGCAACAGGAUAUGGCCAGGCGGCCCAAUAUGGAGCGCCUUAUCAAGCACAGGGCCCUAAUAAUCCCUUCGGGCAAACCCAGCAACAACAGCCGCCGCAGCCGCAGCCACUUCAAGCUAUGCCAACCGGUGCCGGGUUUGGAGGGUACUCGGCGCAGCCACAGUCAUAUGGCUACCAGUCGCAAUUGCCUCCUAUCCCACAGGAAGGCGUUUCGCCCUUCCCUCCACAGCAGCAGCAAGCACCUCAGCCCUUGCAGCCUCAGCACACCAAUCCUUUCCGCCAGUCAAUGAUGGCCAACUCCACGGGCCCCCAGUCUCCCGCUGCUCCACUCUCGCGACAGAACACGAACCCAUUCGCGAGACGACUUUCUACCGCAAACACGCAAUAUAAUCCCUCCACUCCCCCGCCAGUACCGACCCAACCCCAAGCGCAGCCGAUCCAACCUCAGCGGACGGGGACCAACCCUUUUGCACGGAGCUCCCCUGCCCCGCAAGGCCUGCAACCUCCAGCAGCUGCCCCUUUGCGGCCCAAUCCGACUGGCAGUACCAACCCUUUCCGACAGAGUCAGUUCGUUAAUCAGCAGACUGGACAAGGGUGGCAAAACAGUGGACAAAGUGGUACAAUGGGUGGAUUAGAACAGUUGGAUACCGUGCCGAUCUUCCCGCGCCCCGGCAUGACCUAG